AUGGUUGCUUCUACCACCGCUGUUGCCCUCGCUGCCGUUGUUGCGGGCCUCACAUCGGCAUCACCCAACGCGCCCCGGACCAAGGUUGGCACGUUCUCCCUUCCCCAGGUUCGGAACCCCGGCUUCAAGAAACACGGUCCCGCGCAGUUGGCCAAGACGUAUGUCAAGUAUGGCGCCUCGCUGCCCGACGGCCUGGCCCGGACCAUGGCCACUUUCAAUGGUCGCUUCGACAAGCGCGACUCGGGAAGCGCAAGAGCCAGCCCCGAGCAGUACGACAUCCAGUACUUGACUCCCGUCGAAAUCGGCACUCCGCCUCAGACACUCAACCUGGAUGUUGACAGCGGCUCUUCCGACCUGUGGGUCUUCAGCACCGAGAUGCCCGCGAGCUCGGUCAAGGGACAGGCCCAGUACGACCCCAGCAAGAGCAGCACCGCCAAGAGGGUGCAAGACGCCACCUGGAACAUCACGUACGGUGACAACAGUUAUUCCGAGGGCAUCGUAUACAAGGACGUCGUCAACGUCGGGGGCGUCUCAUUCGACGCCCAAGCCGUUGAAGCCGCUACCGCCGUAUCCCAGACGUUCACGACAGAUGCGAACGACGACGGAUUGUUGGGUCUGGCCUUCAGCACCAUCAACACGGUGCAGCCGUCCCAGGAGAAGACCUUCUUUGACAACGUUGCCAGCGAGCUUGACGCUGCUCUUUGGACCGCUGACCUCAAGUAUCAUAAAUCCGGUUGUUAUGAUUUUGGUGUCAUCGACGACUCGAAAUACACUGGUCAAAUCACCUAUACCGACGUCGACUCGAGCGACGGAUUCUGGAUGUUCGAUGUCUCCGGCUACGGCAUUGGCAACAAUACGUUCCAGUCCACAUCCUUCCAGGGCAUCGCCGACACGGGCACCACCCUGGCGAUGCUACCUGCUCAAGUCGUCAAGGCCUACUACAAACAAGUUCGUGGCGCCAAGCUCGACAACAGUCAGGGAGGCUACGUUUUCCCCUGCCAGGCCAACCUCCCCUCCUUUGUGUAUGGAGUCGGGAAUGCGAGAUACGAAAUCCCAGGCCAGUACAUCAACUACGCUCCCGUCGACAAUGAUGGAACCACCUGCUUCGGUGGCAUCCAAUCUGAUGCCGGCAUCGGCUUCGCCAUCCUGGGAGACAUUUUGCUGAAGUCCGCUUUCGUGGUCUUCGACGCGUCUGAGAACGUUCCGCGAUUGGGAUUUGCCAAGAAGGAGCUGUAG